AUGCCACUUGAUUCAUGCUUUAUUCGAAAUUUUAAAAUGGAUCCUUUCAAAUCAAGAGUAUAUGACGAUAAGAAGUCACUGGAUCGUGAUUUUGCUCCUUUUCUCAAAGGAGUUGGAGGUGUUCACUUUAGAACAGAAGAAGAUGAUGAUUUAGAAAGGCAAGCAUUAGCUGAAAUUGAAAAAUUACAACAAGAAUUAAACCCAGAAGAGCCUUCACAAGUUGAGUAUAAAAGGUCGAUCCAAACUCCAAUGACUCCAAGUGAAGAAAAUGUUCUCGGAAUGCUACAGACUAGAAAUAGCAGAAGGAAAAGGACUGUGGGUGCUGAAAAUUCUCGACCUGCCACAAUGCCAGUUGCUAAGUCUAUUAUGAAGCCUCCAAGUGAGACUAGAACUAUAGUGACUCAGUCCACUGGUUUUGAAACAAGACCAUUUACUUCUUUUACUACUGAUGAAUCUAAAAUAUCUAAAACUAAAGAUGAAGAAGAGGCUAUUCUGAAUUAUAAUAAAUAUGUAAACAGAUAAACACCCUAUUUUUAUUUAAACAAGAAAUAAUUUUAAGUACCAAAAGAUGUAUUUUUAUUUGAUUUGUAUAAAUCUCCUGAACAAUUAAGGAUAAAGCUACUUGAAACACAGCUUGCAAAUUUAUUAGCACAGAAAGAAAGAAUGAUCUCUGAACAAAAGGCAAGAUUUGAUAAUCAGCUGCAGCAAGAAAAGCAAAUUCUUACUCGUGAUUAUGAAGGAAGCGUAAAUCAGUUAAAAGAAUGGUUUGAUUCUAAAAAGAGCUUGCUGGAAUCAGCAAGAAGGCAGCAAGAAAAAAUAGCUAGCCUUUCUCAAACCUUGUCAAAAAAUGUUCAGACUGUUUCCAGUCUAAACCAGCAAUUUUCAAGAGACAAAAAUUAUUCACUCCAUUAUUUAGUUAAUUAUAAAAUAAUUAAUAUUAAAAGCAUAAAAAUAUCUAAUAAAUUAUGGGCGAAGCUAGAAAAUUUGAAAGAGCAAGAACUCAUCGCAAAAGAAAAAUCAUUAGAGCUGAGAGAAAGCAGAUUGACUUCACAAGUCCAAAUUCUUGACCAAGAUAAACAAAAGUUUGCAAAUAAAGUUAGACUAACUGAAGAGAUUGAAGCACAGAAAAGAAACUCCAUUUACCAAGAUAAGCUGCACUUGAGACAUGAGCUUGAUAAAUUAGAAAAAUAUCAAGAAGAGUUAAAAGCCCAAGAAAGAAAAGAAAAAAAGCAACUUGCAAUGGAAAAACAUCAAUUAUCAUUAUAUAAAGACCAGAUCGAAAGAGAAGAAAAAGAAAUGUGGGCAGAUAUAGAAGAAAGAGAAAGAAAACUAAUAGAAAAAGAAGACACAAUAGAAAACGAAAAAAAUGAAGCCAUUUUCCAAAUUCAGCAAGAAAAAGGUGCAAUUAUUGCUCAAAUGAACUCAAUUGAAAAUUUUAAGAAAAAUAUUAAUGCAAUGUUUGCAGAGCUUGAAAGAAGAACAAAAUAUAUUGAAGAAAGGGCAAAAGACAUUAAAAUAGAAAUUGAGUAUAUCAGCAAAGAAAGCGAGCUGCUAGAAAGGGAGCGCGAAAAAUAUGAAAAAGAAGCACAAAAAGUCCACCAGAUGUCUGUAGAAAUAAGUCAACAAACUGAGCUCAUUGUAGCUACUAGAAAAGAUAUAGACACACAAAAAAAUGAUUUAGAAAAAAAGAAACAAGAAGCGCUUACAUUAAUGGCAGCUUCAAAAAGCGAAAAAUUAAAAAUUGAUCAGAAAACCAGAGAUUUGAUAAAUAGGAUGAAAACUUUUGAGUGCUUAAGGUCAGGCUAGGUUAUUAAAGUCAGGCGUUAGUGAUAGUGGUGACGAAGUCACCAAAGACCUCCAAUAUGGGAGGUUCUCUACCACUUUUCGAUUCCAGCUCAGAGGGUCUUUCCCCCAAAGGUGAAUGCCAUUUCCAGUAGAUUCCCACGGCCCUGCUACAGACAGUUGGAGUAGCUUGAUUCCAUGGAUUAGCUAUCUAUCGGAUGCCGAAGUGCCUUCCUUCGAUAGCUACAGGAAAAUGACUACUCCCUAUUGCCUGGGCCAAAACCUCCAAUUUCUCAGUAGAGAAAUGCCCUUGUGUGCUUGGAUCCAAAGGACGUUACUGAGCAUCUCCAUUUCAAAGCACAGGAAAGGAGCCUAAAUCUACCUGGAUACACACUUUUGAGGCUUCACUUGAUUCUCAGCUUGGAGUCCGUCCCAACUCGCCGUAGCCAUAAGGUCUGGAAUGUUACGCCAAGAGGGCAGGUUGACACGCGUCACCAUUUUAAUGCAUAUUUUGAGUGCUUAAGGACUUUAGAUAUUUCUGAAGUAGAAAUACCCAAAAUGGAAAGCAUUGACAUCGAUGCCAUAAAAGUUCCUAAAGUAAGUCGCCAAAUCCGGUCAAAAUCUGUUGCUCCAGUAGCUAGAAAAUUCAAUUCACAAGAGUUUUUAAAAGAACUUGAGCCAUAUAAUAAAGCUCGAGAAGAGUUUCAAAAUUAUCUUACAACAGAAAACAGUGUAUUGCUUAACAGUAAGUUGGCUUGUGAAACUGGAAUAACGAAGAGUAUGAUAGGAUCAAGGCAUGUGUUUUCAGAUGCAUCGAAUUCUUUUUUUGGGCAGUCAUCUUAUUUUAGUGCAGGAAGUUUUGCUAAGCCGAUUGAUAGUAUUAGAAAAUCAAGGAAUUUUGAAAGUUUUUCUUCGAAUAAUCCACUUUAA